CAGAGGGAGAGAGAGAGAGAGAGAGAGUUUUAUGGUUUAAAGCGUAUCACUAGGUGGCAUCAUCAAUGAGCAGGGAAUUGCGUCUUGGUUAAGGGACGGCGACCGACGAGCAGUCUUACCAUUCGUGUCUUGUGGCUCAGGGAGAACACCGGGGGCUCGCUGUGCGUCGCGGCAGGGACACUUGCGCAGCCAUAUACCAGGUGCGUCGUGGUGCAUCUGUAAGGCCAUAAUUCAGUCUUAAGUCCAGCUGUGCGAUAGAAGAUGCUUGGCCUGUGCGGUGUCAGGACGCGGCGGUGCAGAGAACUGGCAUUGGUCGAUGCUGCGCCACGGUCACCCCGGACCUAGAUGGCUACCUCGUUAGGCGCGCUCGCGCAAGACAGGUGUCGGGGAAGUGACGUCACAAGCCGCGGAAGCCGGAGGCGGGCGUUUGGGAGAGCAAGAUGGCAGCGAAAUCCGACGGUCGGGGGCUCGUCACCGCCACCGGCUUUGCCCAGCUGCACAACCUGGACGAGGCGGUGGGCGGCGGCUGCGGCGAGGACUACCCACGGGAGGGCAGCUCGCUGCACAUCUGCCACUGUUGUAACACGUCCUCGUGUUACUGGGGCUGCCGGAGCGCAUGCCUGCACUACCUGCGGGGCAAGGGGCGGGAGGGCGCACGGCCGGCGCGGGAGGAGCGCCUCUGGCUCGACUGCCUGUGGAUCGUGCUGGCGCUUCUCGUCUUCUUCUGGGACGUGGGCACCGACCUGUGGCUGGCCGCCGACUAUUACGCCAAGCAGGACUACCUCUGGUUCGGGCUCACGCUCUUCUUCGUGCUCGUACCGUCCGUACUCGUGCAGAUACUGAGCUUCAGGUGGUUCGUGCAGGAUUACACGGGAGGAGGCUUGGGCUCCGUGGAAGGACUGAGCAGCCGGAGAGCCACGACGGGUUCCAACGGCCGCGACCAUUGCUGCCGCAUAUCUGUCUGGCUCUGGCAGACGCUUAUCCACAUCCUCCAGAUGGGACAAGUGUGGAGGUACAUCCGGACCAUGUACCUCGGCAUACAGAGUCGCAGGCAAAAGGAAAAUCAGCGACGUUUCUACUGGGCCAUGAUGUACGAGUAUGCUGAUGUGAACAUGCUUCGUCUCCUUGAGACCUUUUUGGAAAGCGCCCCACAGUUAGUGCUCCAGCUCUGCAUAAUGAUCCAGAAGAACCGCGUUGAGACGCUGCAGUGCAUGUCAGCAGUUGCCUCUCUCUUGUCUCUCUCCUGGGUGCUGGCCUCCUACCAUAAGCUUCUACGUGACUCUCGCGAUGACCAAAAGAGCAUGAGCUACCGGGGAGCUCUGGUGCAUCUCCUGUGGCGCUUCUUCACCAUUUCCUCACGGGCACUUUCCUUUGCCCUCUUUGCCUCAGUUUUCCACCUCUACUUCGGCAUUUUUGUGGUGCUACACUGGUGUGCUAUGGCCUUCUGGGUGAUUCAUGGUGGCACUGAUUUCUGCAUGUCCAAGUGGGAGGAGGUGCUCUUCAACAUGGUGGUUGGUGUGGUGUACGUCUUCUGUUGGUUCAACGUGAAGGAAGGCAGGACUCGAUACCGAAUGAUAGCCUAUUACUCACUUGUGUUGUUGGAGAACACUAUCCUGACUGCCUUGUGGUAUGUCUACAGAGACCCUGUCACCACUGACUUGUAUGCCGCCUCUGUGCUCUGCGGCGUCUUCCUGUGCUUCGCCUCAGGAGUGGCCUGCAUGGUCCUCUACUAUGGGGUUUUGCACCCUAUGGGUCCCCGGCUGAGGGUCCUAGCAAGCUCCUGCUGUGCGGAGCUCCUCUGGGGCCUCCCCCUGCCUCCAGAGGCUGAGCCUAUGGCCCCAACUCCAGGGCCUCGUGGCUCUCAGGCCACCCCCACUCGGGGCAUGGCUUCAGGGGAAUACGAAGAAGCUGAGGAGGCUGCCACGGAUACCUGCUUGCCUGUAUUCCAGGUGAGGUCCACAGAGCCCAUUGAUGCAGCAGGCCGGCCCAUUCACCCCGAGGGGCCCCUGAUUAAGAUUGACAUGCCCAGGAAACGAUACCCAGCCUGGGACGCACACUUUGUAGACCGCCGUUUACGGCGGACCAUAAAUAUCCUCCAGUACAUCAGCCCCAAUGCAGUGGGCAUCAGGUACAGGGAUGGGCCUCUCCUCUAUGAGCUGCUCCAGUAUGAGUCCUCCCUAUAAAGGCACCCCACCUUCACACACACACACACACACACACACACACACACACACACACACACACACACACACACACACACACACACACACACACACACACACACACUCUCUCUCUCUCUUUCUAUCUGCUUCACCUCUCUUCAUUUGGGUGCUUAUUUUCUUCAGUUUAAUUCAGUUCUUCAGCCAAGUUAUUAGGGUAUAUAAAGGUCUUAAAAGGUCUAAACAGAGAGAAUUUAACAUUUAUUUUCAAAAAUAAAGAGAAUAUUAUUACAGAAAUGGACAACUCAAGUCAAAAAUAAGCAGUCCUUAAAUGGGGCCCUUGUAAUGUGGAUGUGUGCCACCAAUAUAUAUGUUGGAUAGUGUCUUUGUCCCUGUUAACUCUGAGAUGUGCAAAGUCUCAUGGGAAUGAUGGAGGACCAUAAUACUCAUCAUCUUAAUUCCAGAUUUCCUAAUAACUAUUUUGUGCCUACUAUAAUUCUGAGUGAUUGUGAUGAAAUAGGACCGAAAAGGGAUCAGAACUCUGUAGAAUACAUAAGAAAAGCACACCGUGAGUAUAGUAUGUUUUUACAUUUUAUUCCAUAUUCAUAAAGGGCAAAGGUUUCUAAGUAGCUCUGUAUUGAUGUCUGCUAAAGUCUAGCAGAUAAUUGACUGAUUAAUUAUGACUGGCUUUCAUUUGGUUUUGAAUAAUUUGAUAUUUAAAGACCCAAAUUAUGAGAAAUAACAUUGUAAUCAUAGGGCAAAUAACACUGCCAUAAACACUUUAGUAAAUAAGAAGGCCUUAAAAUAUGAAAUCCAUUUUCUGUGUUCUUUUCAUCUCCAUCAGUGGAGAGAGUAUAGUGUAAAUUAAAAAAAGAGUGAGUGUUUUACGUUUUACAUAAACAUAUAAAUUAUUUGUUAAUGUUUGCACAGUUUCUUAAAUUUCUUUUUCUUAUAGGGAUAAAAGCUUAUUAACUGUAAGUGUAAAUUAUUUAAACACAUCUGUAAUUGAGGAAAUCCCAAAGAUUGGAAGGUUCAGGGUUUUAAUUAACAAAACAAUGGUCAGUAAAACACCUGUAACUUAUAGCGCAAACAAAAAAAUAAAUAAAUAAAUAAUUUCCUUGCUUAAUGCGGUGCUAAAAUUAAUCGCUAGGAUUCCUCCAUCAUUCCCUAUUCUUGUGAAGGUUCUAGUUUGGAUGGUUGUUAUAAAAAUAAGCUAAGAGUUAUCUUUUUUUUUUAUUCUAAAGGAUGCAUGCUGAGGCUGUGUACUUUGAUGAAGAAUUGGGUUUUCCUUAUGUGCCAGCCAGUGUGUGAGUGUUUCAAUGGUGCUGCUCUUUUGCAAAAUAACUGUAACAGUUCCGUCGCGUUAUUGUCAAUCUCUUGUACAUAGAGCACUGCACCUCGUUUGAGGAAAAAAAAACACUAAAAGGGAACGUGGUGUGUGAUGAGUUUGCCAUGAUGACUGAUGACGCGUAUAUAUUAUUAUCAGUUGCACAAAACAAACAGUUUUUUUCAUUGCGUGCUAUAACCUUUAGAAUUUGUUUCUUAUAAGAUUUGUCUCAACAGCUUAAUAAGUAUUUCUACAACUACUUAUAAUAACAUAGGAUGCCAAGGUUCAUUGUAAAAAUGGAGACAUGGGCUACUACAGACCCCUUUGUGCCUGCUGUGAUUUCAGAAGCAGACUUCAGACUGGUUGUAGUGGACGGGGUGAAGGGUUUUUUUUUUGCCAAGGAUGGAAAGUGUGAGUGGACAGACGAUAAUGUGUGUCUUUACACGCACAUUUCUAUUCGGCUGAUCUUCAGGUCAGUUGUCUGACAUUUCGGCUCCAUCCUUGGUUGCUGCUUUGACCCUUACACCCUUCUCAUGAGAUUAAGAUUGGGUAUUAUUCUGAUGCAAAUAUUUUCCCAAGAAAAUCAUUCAUACCAGAAUCAACAUUCUCUUUCAAACUUUGUUUUAUGGAAGCAAAUAAUUAGCUUUAGCAAAAAUCGAAGUAAAUAAACAGCCCAGCAAAUUUAAGCUAUAUAGUAAAUCCAGUAGCAUAUAACGCUACACCCGAUGAACCCAGAGGCCAUCGGCUUUUUCUAGGUGCUUGGCACAUUGUCGCACUGUUGUUUGCUGGAAUAUUCCCCUGAUUCAUGAGAGUGUUUGAUUAAAUAAAUGUGAUGGUUGGAUGAGUUGGCUGCCUGGCACCCCCUGCUGUGUUCACACUUCACAUACAGACUCCGCUACUACAGUAUUAACACUCUUUCACGAGAGAGAAAUACACAUUACCCAGGUGCAAAUACACUGUGAUUCCUUCUCCCCUUGCUUACUGCUAUAUCUGAAUGAAUUUAUAUGGAGGGUUCGCAUGAGGACUACGUUGGCAAAUGGAAAUAUGUUCAUAUGUUUAGAUUACUGCCUUACAAGACAAUAAAUAACAGAUGAAGUGCUGUGUAAUCACCAGACACUUAAAUCCUUCACCACAUUAAAGUACAAGGAAAAGAGUGGCCAACAACAGUCCUGUAUAAUCAGAUACUUUGUGGUGCCUUGUUUCACUGGGUGCUUCUCGCUAGCCAUGGCAGCCAGUACAGCAAACAACAAUGCCAGUGUCUCUUUCAUAUUACACACAGUACUGUAAGCAAGUUUAACCUAAAACGAAAACUGCAUCGAAUAGGCUCAACAUGCUGACAUUCCUAAUCUUAAGAGGCUUAGUCUUUGCAAAACUAAAUUACCAGAAAGAUAUGAACGCAAGGCAAUACUUAACAUCUGCUUGAAUAUUGCGUUUUAUGUUUUCCUAAUAUGACCAGAUAUACUGACAGCCUUUUUAAGAUUUACAUCAAAUUGGAUUUAAUCUCUGAUCAGAAUGUCCAUUAUUCAACAGGGUUCACUUAAGCGAUACACAGUUGUGAAGAUUUUUAGCAGUUCAUUUGAUGUAUUUCUGUCUAUGCCUUCCUCUGUCUUGCAAGAUGAAUGAUCUGUAGUGCCAACAAGUUAACCUUUUUCUGUCUGUUGUUUGUCUUGUGAACCAAACUGUCUAGCCAAAUGGAUUUCUGCCUGCAAAAAAAAAAAAAAAAAACAUAUGUAGGAACAAUAUGAGUAGGAGAAUUAUGUUGUAUGUAGACAAGAUGUUGAUUGGGCUAGAAACCUGCAUCAAAGAUGGUAAAGGAAGUCUCGAAAAGGCAUAUAUUGCUGAAUUCACUCACAGACUGCCCUAUUCCAUCAGCCAGCUUCCUAGCAUGUCUACAGAAUUCCUCUUGCGGUGAUGCGUCCAAUAUGUUUGCAUGUUAGCUUACUUGAGUGCAGUGUUUCACUUCUUCCCUGGGUUCCUUCAAUGCAUUGCCAAGUAGUGGUUCAUUAUUCCAGGUUCAGUUUCAAACUGUACAGUUGUGCCAUCUGUAAAAAAACAACAACAAAAAAAAAACAGAGCCAAAUGUUCUUUAGACAAAGUAAAUUAAAAAAAAACAACAA